AAAUUCCCGCGGUAAUAAGCUCACCAUCUAACGAAAGAAAAAGAGACUGACUUAUUUACCCCAUCUAGUUGAACAUAUUCAAAAUACCAUAGCAAACCUACAUGUCAUUGUCAUUCGCCUAGUCUACGAUACAAGUCAUCUGGGCUACAAUUUCAAACUAAUAGUCACAAAGAUUCAUUUACUUUGUGAUAGAAAAAAUUCUAAUAUAAUGUCUGUCCGUGUUUUGGGUGAGGAUUCGCAGUAUGCGUUAGAAAUGAAUGCUGCUGGGACCAAAUUGGUUGUCGUUGAUUUUACGGCUUCUUGGUGUGGACCUUGUCAGAGAAUAGCGCCAUUCUUUGAUGAAUUGGCAAGGAGGUAUCCACGGGCUGUGUUCCUGAAAGUUGAUGUUGAUAACUGCCCAGAAACAGCAGCAAGCAAUGGAGUUUCUGCCAUGCCAACAUUCAUAUUUUUCCGGAAUAAAACAAAGAUUGAUCGUUUGCAAGGAGGAAAUCCUGAUGCAUUGGAGCAAAAAGUUAAGCAACAUUAUGGUUCUGAUGAUGCAGAAGAGGAUUCCAGUGUGCAAGGCUAUUUGGAUCUGGCAACAUUUAUAACCAAGAGUGGAUGUGAAUGCCUCAAUGAGUCUGACGAGCAUCCAUUAGCUGGGUGCCUGACCAGCAAUCCUGGUUAUCUCGAAUCAGAUUGUGAUGAGCAGUUGAUUGUUUCACUUGCCUUCAAUCAAACUUUGAAGAUACAUUCAUUAAAAAUCAAAGCUCCAAAAGAUCAAGGACCAAAGACUUUGCGAUUGUUUAUUAAUCAACCACGCACCAUCGAUUUCGAUUCGGCCGAGAGUACUCAACCCACACAGGAAAUAAUUCUGCAACCUGGUGAUUUGGAUGGGAAUCCAGUUCUUCUACGUUUCGUCAAAUUUCAGACGGUUUCGAAUCUAAUGAUUUUCAUUAAAGACAACCAGAGCGGAACCGAAACAACCCGCAUUGAUCAUAUUGCUAUAUACGGCUCUCCGCUUUCUACAACCAAUAUGAGUGAUUUCAAACGGAUUGCAGGGAAAAAAGGCGAAGCUCAUUGAUUGCAAAAUUAUAACCAUGUAAUUUCACUUUCAAUAUGGAAUAUCUUCAUACAAGGGAGACCGAAGAUCACUUCAAAUUCAGGUGUAACUUAAUGUUUUGUAUGCACUCCGCUUUUUUCAUUUUACUUACACCAUGUACUCCUUGAUUCGAAAGAUAACCUUUCAGAAUGUCAA